AUGGGUGUGCGGCCUGGCGAUGAGGAUUUUGACUUUGACAGCGCCUGGGAGGAGGUGGAAGCGUUCGAGGCGGCUGAGGCUGAUGAUCGGGCUGCAGCUUACAGCCAGUUUGGGCAGGCCCUGGACGGCACGGCGGCGGCGGCGGGCGGCAGCAAGGCGGUCAAGCAAAAGAAGAGAAGCAGCAGCAGCAGCGGCGCGUUUAGCACUAGUGCCAGGGGCAGCCUGGUGUCGGUCAAGCAGCUGCAGGGCGCGUUCCCAGACAUUCCCACGGAGCAGCCUCCACCUGCGGCCAGCGGCAGGGUGCAGCUCAACCUAAGCAAGCCGCCUGCACGCCCCGGACGGCCGGUGCCUCGUGUGGUGCCCGUGUCCCUCAAGUCCAAGCCACAAGCCAGCUCCGCAGCACGGGACGCGGCGCAGCGCCCGCUGCCGCCUCCUAAGCCUCAGGCGCCGACGCUGGCAGCCAAGCCCAGCAAGCCAGUUGCUCGCCCCGCGCCUGCGUCACCGCCAGCAGCAGUAGCCCCCGAGCCCAUGGCGCCGCCGCCGCUGGCGGCCAAGCCAGCCGUCAAUCCAGCUACAGUUACAGCAGCCGAGGGCAAGGCUGCUGUUCCCGCCGCGGCAGCCCCCAAGUUUAAGGCGCCAGCCAAGCGUGCAGCCAAGCCUGCACUGCCCUCGCCAGCAGCAGUUCCCAAGCCAAUGCCCAAACCUCAGCCCCAGCCAGCAGCAGCAAUCGCCGAGGCUGUGGCAGAAGCAGAGACGGCAGAGGUGGAGCAGGCAGCAUCAGCGGCUGAGGCUGCUCCCGCGCCUGCCCAGCCGCAGCCAGCAAUAACAGCAGCAGCCGCAGCGGCAGCAGCAGCGGAGGCAGAGACACGCUCACAGCAGGAAGCCCCUGCCCGGCCCCAGCCGCCGCCCCGGCAGCUGCAGAAAGCGGCAGCAGCUCAGACCGAGCCGCGCCCCAGCUUUAACAUGAUGCAGGCUGAGCGGCGGGCUCGCAACGCAGAGCGCGGUGCUGCUCUGCUGCUUGAACGCAGUGAUGAGACGCUGACGGUGUGGCAGGCCAACGCCGCGGGGGUGCUGGUGCGCAAUGAACGUCUGUCAGGGUUUGUGCCGAUGUCGCAGCUGGCGCCGGAGCUGGUGAGCCAGGUGCUCCGCGAGGAGCAGAUGCUGCUGGCGGCGGUGUCUGCGGCGGCGAUUGUGGCGCAGCAGGAGGCAGGACAGGCGGCCGCCCCAGCAUCCGCCCCCGCGCUGGACCCAGCCGUGCGCUCCGCAUUCAGAAAGCAGGCGCUUGCGGCUGUGAUGACGGGGCGCCAAGUCACUGCCCGUGUGGUGAAUGUUGACGAGCAGAGCGGCAGGGUGGUCCUGUCGGAGCGUGCAACACUGUCUAGGAAGGAGAAGUUUGUGCGCAAGCCGCCCACGCUGCAGCAGCUGCAGGCGGCCGCCGCUCUGCUGGGGCAAACAGUGGAUGCCACGGUCGUCAGUGUCAAGCCCUUUGGCUGCUUUGUCGAGUUUCUGGUGAAUGUCACGCAUGCAGCAGCAGCAGCAGCAGCAGCAGCAGCAGGCACGGCCGAUGGCGGCAGCAGCAGCGGCAGCGGCGAGGAGCAGCCGGCUGCGCCGGGUGGCACGCCGCUGGUGGGCCUUGUGCACCGAGGCGAGGUGACGUGGGACCCUUCGGCAGACAUCAUGCAGGUGGUACAGGUCGGGCAGCAGGUCAGGGCCAAGGUGGUCCACGUGGAUGCAGUUAAGGCCCGCGUCUUCCUUUCCAUCCGCAAGACCAAGCCCAACCCGCUCCUGGAGACGCUCGACUCCCUCGUCACCUCCUCAACCGCCGCGGCUGCGGCGGCAGCAGCGGGUGGCUCUGCCGACGGGAGCCCAGCGGCCGGCGGUGCCGGCGCCGGUCUGGACCAGCGGCCGGUGCUGGGGGACCUCCCGGAGGCGCUGCGGUUCUGCGAGGUGCUGCGGGCAGCCCCCGGCGUAGUGGUGGCUGAGCUGGGUGUGCGGCUGCAGAGCCGCGCUGCAGCGCAGGAGCUUGAGGUCUACAUGGCAAGCAAGGACCAGGCCUCCAGCAUCGGGGCGGCAGUGACAGCAGCAGGCGGCGCCGCGCGCGGCAACGGCAGCGCCGAGCUGGCGGUCUCGGCGGCAGCCGACCCCAGCGUGCACAGCUACAACCUGGUGCUCCGGAAAGAGACCAGUGUGCAAGAGGUGGAGGUCGUCGCCAGCCUGGCACGGGAGGAGGUGAAGCAGCUGGCAGCGGCGGCAGUGGCUACCGUGGCCGCCGAAACCGCGGCGGUGGUGCCGCAAUAA